UCGACUCCAUGUUCACCCUGCUCGUACACACCAGGCCUAGUAGGAGUAGAAGGAAAGGAUGUUGAUUUCCUCAGGACAAACACCUGAAGUCACACAAGUGUCUGUAGAUCCAGACCUCAUGUGGAGGAUUUACCAGAGCACAGAAACUUCCAUAGAAAACAACACAAACUGCUUGUUAGACAGUGUUACCACUGGGCAGCUCUGCUAAACUCCUAUGGCACCAUCCCCUUUAAGAAAAUAGUCCUAGCCCAGUCCAAGCUGUGGUUGUGUGACCCAUACCCAUUCUGUACAUUCCAGAAACAAAGAGGUUUUUCAGCCAUGACAGAAAUAAGGGAGAGUCCUGAGGACACCGGAUUGUUCUCUCCUAAUCCCAGUGUUCGUGGAAUGGUGAAUCUGGACCGUGACGCCUUCACUAAAACGGUACAAGUUCCUGUUCUUAAAAUUAGGAAAGAAAUCAUUAAUAAAGUCAUGAAAUCUCUCAAACACAAACUCCUCCACCGGCCACAUGUGAAAAGAAUAAUAGAUGACCCUAAAGAUGAAAAUGACAAGAAUGUUAUCCUGGACCCGUUCCUCGUCACAUCGGAGGACUCAUUCGAUGACCGCGAUCGCGAGAUUUUCAGGCAGCUGGACAUCAGCCCGCAGGUCGUACAUGUUGAUCUGCUGCUCACCUAUGACAACUUUAAGACUGAUGAGAUCUUAGAAGCUGUUUUACCCAAAGGACAAGAUGUCACAUCCGGAUUCAGCCGCAUUGGACAUAUUGCUCAUAUGAAUCUCCGGGACCACCAGCUUCCUUACAAGAAUCUGAUCGGUCAGGUGAUAUUGGACAAGAAUCCUGGUCUUAAGUCUGUUGUCAAUAAAACCAACAUAAUUGACACCACCUAUAGGAACUUCCAAAUGGAAGUGUUGGCUGGGGAGGAAAAUAUGAUGACAAAGGUGAAAGAAAAUGGCUUCACUUAUGAAUUUGAUUUUUCCAAAGUCUACUGGAAUUCACGACUGGGUACAGAACACGAUCGCAUCGCUGGUCUCCUAAACAGCGGGGAUGUGGUGUUUGAUGUGUUUGCUGGAGUGGGACCAUUUGCUAUUCCGGCUGCCAGGAAAAACUGCAUUGUUUUUGCAAACGAUUUAAACCCAGAGUCCUACAAAUGGCUCGUACACAACUGCAAACUGAAUAAAGUGGACAAAAGGGUCCAGGCCUUCAACACUGAUGGUCGGGCGUUCAUCAGGACUGUGGUAAAGGAAGAACUGUUAAAAUAUAUCAAGUCCUUUUCUACAGAUAGGAAGAACAGACUUCACAUUGUCAUGAACUUGCCAGCAUUGGCUUUGGAAUUCCUCGAUGCGUUUAAACAUCUCCUGGAAGAGCAGCCUCACAACGCGAGCGUUCUGCCGAUGGUGCACUGCUACGGCUUCUCCAAAGAUGACAACCCAGAGAAAGAAGUAAAAGAUCGGGCAGAGGAGAGGUUGGGAACCACCCUGGAGACUUGCUCCAUCCAUCUUGUACGGCAGGUCGCUCCUAACAAGCAGAUGAUGUGCAUUACGUUUGAUUUACCUGCCGACACUCUUUAUGGAAGCCAAACUAAUAACCGAGGUGAACCACCCUCAAAACGUCACCGGCUUGAAGAAGAUGGCAGCGUGGACACUGACGCUCCAGUAUAGCGUAUUGGCUCAAGGAUGUUUUUUAUUCCCAGAUACAUAUGAGGCCCCCGGGCUUGUACCUUCAUUGUUUAUUUUACCUUUUUAAUAAAAUAACGACUAAGAGGCAAUAAGUUUAUUAUCAUGGUUAUUUGCACACUGAACCUUUACUGAAACUUUAUUGCUAUUGUGGAUUAGGUGUCCAGAGGAAAAGAUGCUGAGCUGGCCAUAGCAACCAAUCAGAUCCCUUCUUUCUGUUUUCAGAGGCCUCUUUAAAAAUGAAAGAAGCUAUUUGAUUGGUUGCUAUGGGCAACUCAGCACCUGCCACUUUUUGAUAAAUUUCCCUCUAAGUUUUUUUUUAUUUAAUUUUUUUUAAAUGGCCUGAAAAAAUAGCUGCUUUCCUUCACAAAUGAAAGCACCCCACCUUACUCUGGGUGGUGUCUGGUAUUGCAUCUUAGCGCUAUUAAAGUGCACCUUUCAGAUUCCACAACAAAAAUUAUAAUAAAUGUUACUCAGUACCUAAUCUUGACCAUGUACAUCUCUUUUUUGCCUCUGUCAUCUAUAUUUAUUAUUUAAAAAAAUGCCUUUUUUCAUUAGCUGACAGUGUUAGAAAUCCUCCCAGGGGAAGGGGCGUGUGCCUACCUUAUGGUGGUGGAAGGUGAUUGGUCCGUCUGCUCAUGCAGCCU